AUGAAUGGCAAGGCCGGCCCCGGGCAGGGCCUCGACGAGGUCGAGCUCCAGCCCAUCAUGGCCGAGCCCCAGACCUCCGGGGAGGCAAGGGACCAGACGUGGAGAGAGGCGCUGCGAGGAUGGGCUCAGCAGGACAUGCUGGCCGGCGCUGCGCGCAACCUGAUGCUCAUUUGCAUCUGGUACUUUUUGAGCACCUCCCUGAGCCUCUGGAACAAGAUGCUGGUGGGCAAGGACCGGGGACUGUUCGGCAAGGGGCCCUUCCCAGCCCCCAUCCUGAUGUCCAGCGUUCAGUUCAUCUUCCAGCAUUUUCUGGCGCGUGCUUGCCUCUGGUCGGGCCUGAUCAGGCGGCACGGCUCGGAUGAGAAGAUGGCGUGGCCCAGGUGGUGGCGAGCAGUGUUCCCCAACGGCGUGGCGACGGGGCUGGACAUCGGCCUGUCCAACUAUUCGUUGGUGUUCAUCAGCUUGUCAUUCUACGUCAUGUGCAAGUCCACAGUUCCCCUGUUCCUCCUGGCCUUUGCCAUCAUGUGGCGCAUCGAAAAGCCCUCCUGGGAUCUGGCGGGCGUGGUGUGCGUCAUCUCCAUCGGGCUCAUGCUGCUGGUGGCGGGGGAGGUGGACUUCCACCUCGUGGGCUUCCUCCUGGUCAUGACCGCCUCCGCUCUGGCCGGUCUGCGCUGGACCAUCACGCAGGUCCUCCUGCAGGGCAGCAAUGCCACGGGGCAUGGGGCGCUGGGCGGCCCCGUAGAGGUCAUCCUGCACCUGACCCCGGUCAUGAGCGCCACCCUAGGCGUCGUCAGCCUGGCGCACGAGCAGCUGUGGAAUACGUUGCCCUCCAGCCCCUACUUUGCCGGCUGGGGCCACUGCCUGCUCACCGCCGGCAUCGUGGCCACGGGUGCCGUCAUUGCCUUCCUCAUGGUCUGGGCUGAGUUUGCACUCAUCGGCCACACCUCCGCCCUCACCUUCAUGGUGGCCGGGACCUUCAAGGAGGUGGUCACCGUGGCCGCCGCGGUGCUCUUCCUGGACGAGCGCUUCACCCCCGUCAACGCCGCCGGCCUCGUGGUUCUCAUCAUCGGCGUGGCGCUGUUCAACUGGCAAAAGUACAGGAAGCUGCGGCAAAAAGGGCUGGCCCUGGUGGUGGGGGCGGAGGACGAGGAGAUCGGCUCCCUGCCAAAGGGCGCAGCACUGGGCGGCGGCCCUGCCACCGGCGCCCGCGGCAUCCCCGCCCUCGGCUCGCCCUACGGCGACAGGUCGGAGGUGGUGGACGGCCAAGCGAGGCCCGGCAGGCGGAGAGGGGGCAGCAUAUCGCCGGUGGCCACGCACAGAGCACUGAGGAUGGGGUCCAUGUGA